GCGACAAGAAACGUUAGGACGUCCACCUGUUUAGGCUGGAGUCUCGUGUUAAAAAGUUUAGUGGAACGUUCACUAACUGUGUAACCUUACCGGCACCGAUAUGGCCGAGGCAAACGACGACAGUUUUGGAAUAGAGGUCAUUCUUCCAGACGGCGAUAAACCAGCGCCAUGUUGUCUGCACGGUCCAGCCUUGUUAUUUGAGAAAGUGAGCAAAGGAGGAGAGAAAGGCAGGAGGUUUUAUGCUUGCUCGGCCAGUAGAGACAGAAAAGACUGCAACUUUUUCCAGUGGGAAGAUGAAAAGGUGUCGGAGGCCAGGCGUUUGGCCAGAGAAGCAGAGAACCAGUCAAAGAGACCCCCGUUCACCCAUCAGGAGUACUGUAGCAGGUUUAGAAAGUUUGUCUCCCUCCCACUGGAUGAGAAGAAGUUCUGCCAGGACUGCCAGAUGCUGCUCCUGCCGGGAGAGCUCGAAGCCCACUCCUCUCACAGAUCCACGGCCGUCACCGCGGCCCAGCUGAGGAGGCCCAGCGCGCUGCUGCGUCCCCUGGACAACAAGAAGAGCAACGCCCAGUACCUGUUCACUGACCGCAGCUCCCACUUUCUGCUGGACACUCUGGCUGGUCUGGGAUACAGGAAGUUGCUGUGUGUGGGCACGCCCAGACUCCAGGAGCUGAUCAAGUUGCGAAACCUGGAGCAGAAACAUGAGCCAAUGAAGAGUCUACUGCUGGACAUUGACUUCAGGUACGCUCAGUUCUACAACCAGGAUGAAUUCUGUCACUACAACAUGUUCAACCAUCACUUUUUUGAUGGAGAGGCUUCCAGUGCCUCUGUGCAGGCCUUCCUCAGAGAGUGUGACGGGGAGAAGGUGGUGAUGGUGGCUGACCCUCCGUUCGGUGGCCUGGUGAAACCUCUGGCCAAUAGUUUCUCUCUGAUCUCGCAGACAUGGAGGAAGCUGCAGAGUGCUGACAGCAGUAACGCUGACAUGCCCAUGAUGUGGAUCUUCCCAUAUUUCUUUGAGCCUCGCAUCCUGGAGUGUUUCCCUUCAUUCACCAUGCUGGACUACCAGGUGGAUUAUGACAACCAUCCUCUGUAUAAACACGGGAAGACUGGCAGGAAGCAGUCUCCUGUCAGACUCUUCACUAAUAUUCCACCCAGAGAAGUUGUCCUGCCCAAAGAGGAGGGCUACAGAUUUUGCUCUGUAUGUCAGAGAUUCGUCUGGUCCCUCAACAGGCACUGUGCUAAGUGCAAUGUCUGCCCAUCCAAGGACGGCAGAGAAUGGAAGCACUGCUCAACAUGUGAGAAAUGCGUGAAACCAUCCUGGAGACACUGCCAGUCCUGUGGCCGCUGUGCUCUCCCAGACCACCCAUGUGGACACGGUCAAGGAAAGGAGGGCUGCUUCAACUGCGGCAGCCUGGAGCACAAACGCAAGGCCUGCCCUCUCAAAGACACGCACAGGAUCAGCAGUCAUCGGUCCAAUGCCAAGAGUGGAGGUAAAAAUAUCUCCCGUCAUCCCCUCUUCAAGCCUAAAGCUAAGAGGAAGUCUGGAGCGGCUCGCAGAGCUAAGAAGAUGGCUGCUCUGUCUGUGUGAAGCUGUGCAAUCUCAAGCAGAGUGUUUUAAACUCAAAUGAAUAAAAAGAAGUAAUAUAAAAAGA